CGCGCGGCGGCUGACGCCAUGCUCAGUGCGGCGACUAUAACUAAAUACACACUUCAUCUUUACCCAAAAUGGUGGAGGGUUCACCCCGUUGCUUUUGUUUGGGAUGCUGAUGUGUGGUCUGCUGCUCCACACGGGGUCCCGACAUGGAGCCAGUGUGAACACGCCCAGUAAGAAGCCCAAUUUUAUCAUCAUACUGGCAGAUGAUAUUGGCUGGGGUGACCUGGAUGCUUACCAGCCUGCAGAGAAGGCCAACAACACGCCGUACCUCACCCUGAUGGCGGAGCAAGGACUAAGAUUGACAGACUUCCAUUCUCCUGCCUCCACCUGCUCCCCAUCCCGCGCUGCCAUCCUGACAGGCCGAUAUGGCCUGAGAAAUGGCGUGACUCAUAACUUUGCUGUGAGCUCUGCGGCCGGUCUGCCUCUGUCUGAAGUCACCUUGCCCCACCUCCUACAGACAGCGGGGUAUUACACCGCCAUGAUUGGGAAAUGGCACCUCGGCCACAAUGGACCAUAUGGUCCAACUAACAGAGGCUUUGACUACUACCUUGGUAUUCCCUACAGUAAUGACAUGGGCUGCACUGACAUACCCGGGUAUAAUUUGCCACAGUGUCCUCCCUGUGACUCAUCUGGACCUCAGGUGAUCAGAUUGAAGAGGAGUGUACAUGGAGGCUGCUAUUCCACAGUGGGCCUUCCUCUGAUUGAAAACAGCAGUAUUGUGGAGCAGCCGCUUGACCUGUGGACCCUAACGGAGCAAUACAAAUCUGCUGCGACCAGGAUUAUACACAAUGCAAGCAAGCGAGGACAGCCCUAUCUCCUCUACAUAGCGCUGGCUCACAUGCAUGAUCCCCUGGCCCCUCCGCUCCUCCCAGAUGCCUCCGCCACCAGCCGUCGCCCAGACGACAGUGAAGUGUACACUGCAAGCCUGCGAGAGAUGGACAGCCUGGUGGGGGCAGUAAAGAGCACAUCCGAUGCCACAGACAAAGACAACACUCUCAUCUGGUUCACUGGUGACAACGGUCCCUUGGAAAAGAAGUGCCGGUAUGCAGGAAAUGUGGGACCUUUCGUGGGAAAGUGGCAGACCAGCAGAGGUGGAGGCUCAGCUAAGCAGACCACCUGGGAGGGAGGUCACAGGGUGCCAACAGUGGCUUAUUGGCCUGGGAGGAUCCCUGCAAACACCACCAACUCAGCCCUGCUCAGUGGAAUGGAUAUCUUCCCAACCCUUCUGUCCUUGGCAGAGGUAACUCCCCCCUCAGAUAGACGUUACGAUGGCAUUGACGUCACGAAUAUCUUCCUGCACGGUGAUAAGACUGGUCAUGAGUUUCUGUUCCACCCGAACAGUGGCGCUGCGGGGAGGUUUGGUGACCUGCAGACAGUUCGAACAGAGACGCACAAAGCGUUCUACAUCACAGGUGCAGCUGAGGCGUGUGGCGGUGCAACAGGAAUGGAGCAACUCCAUGACCCGCCGUUGAUAUUUGACCUGGAGCGCGACGAGGCGGAGGAAACACCCCUGGAUGUCGAGACACCUGAAUACCAGGCGAUAGCCGAGAGGGUCGUCCGCGGGAGGGAGAAGUUGUUAGGGGACAUUGCCACCGACAAGUCUGUGUCCACAGCAGACUACAGCACAGACACAUCCGCCGCGCCCUGCUGUGACCCAACACAGGCGGUGUGCCGCUGCCACCCACUAGGCUGAGGGGCGGGGAAACCACACACAACACACACACACACAGGCACACACACUGAAAGAGUGAAAGAGAAGCACACUGUCAACGCAAACCGGCCUAGAGACAAACAUCUUCUUUUGAUGUGCUCAGCUUUUGUUUGCAAAGAGUUGCAGGCGGCUGCACUUUGACCAGUUGUGAGAUCAACACAUUUAAAAAAGAUAUAUCAGACAGUAAAGACAAAACUACAAUUUAUAAAUCCAUUUGUUGCAGUGUAAUUAAAUUAAUUAAUGCUUGUUAAUGUCCAUAGCUUUAUUAUUAUUAUUAUUAUUAUUAUUAUUUGUUGGAUAUUUGAGAUUUA